AUGUCAAAGCUACUCCUCUCUGUCUCUGCCCUCUUAACACUUGGUGCAGCCGCCUCGAUAGAAGCAAAAAUCUAUCAACGAGAAGCCGACGUUUCUUGCAAGGAAUUUGUCCCUUACGGCUUCAAAAGCAACAAGCUUCAUGUCAGCUUCUACGACAAUAACCCGACCGAUGUUCCUUACAACGGACGAGGAUUCCACGCACCUACGCUCCCUGCAAAUACAACAGUCCAUGAUAACUACUUCUAUCUAAGUAAUAAGACUGCGGUGGCCUUCAGCGCAUUUGCCUGCAAUGUCACCUCUCUGGGGCUCACGACCAACCAAACGCAAUCAUCUUGCUCUCACGGCGGUUGCUACACAACGUACUCGAAUUACGUUCAGAUCCGCAGGCCUGAGAAUGGCGACUGCUUGACGAAUCCAAAUCUCAACACCAACGGCUCAUUGAUGCUGUUCAAGCCUUGCGACCAGGAGCCAACGACGACGGCGCAGUUCUUCCAAGCCACACAACAAAUUCUGUACGAUAAUAGCAGGAAGAAAGUUACCAACGUUGGUGUCGUUGAUUUUGAGAACGUGCAGAGGUCUAAUGAUGAGGGUUCUUUCUUUGCCUGGGCACUUACUCGAAAAGACAAUAGGACUGUUGAGACUGUGCUGGCUGAUUAUACACAAGCCGGCUUGAGCGCAAAUUUGUACCAAGCUUGA